AUGAGCGGACUUCAGCGAGGCUACAGAUCUGUGGCGUACUACGUCAAUUGGGCGAUCUACGCUCGCAACCAUCCUCCACAGGACAUCCCAGCCUCAAGGCUGACACACGUCAACUAUGCCUUUAUGGGUAUCAACAACAUCACCAGCGAGGUCAUCUUGACCGAUGAAUUCGCCGACGUGCAGAAGAUGUGGCCCGGCGAUGUCGCCACCGACUAUACCAACACCACAAGCUCGCACGACGCCAUGACCCAUGACACGACCAAUGGCACCAGCAAUGAGUUGGAGAUGUUCGGCAGCUUGAAGCAGCUGUACCUGCACAAGAAGCACAACCGCCACCUCAAGACCAUGAUGGUCAUUGGAGGUUGGAGUCUGCGCAAGGCCUUUGCUCCGGCCUUGGCUACGGACAGCGGACGGAAGAACUUUGCGAAGACAACCGUGCAGCUGAUCAAAGACUUGGGCUUCGAUGGUGUCGAGCUCGACUACGAGUACCCAUCCUCCGCCCAGGAAGCCGCCGACCUCGUCUCCGCCUGCCAAGUCAUCCGCGAAGAACUGGACUCCUACUCCCGCAGCCUCAACGGCAACCCGCACUUCCUCCUCGCACUCUCCGUCCCCGCCGGUCCCAUCAACUACGUCCACUUCGACGUGCCCGGCUUCAAACCCUACGUCGACUUCAUUAACCUGAUGGCUUACGACUACCAAGGCUCCGUGUUCUCCAAUUACUCCGGCCACGACGCGAACGUGUUCAAGUCGAUAGACAACCCGCGCAGCACGGACUUUGAAACCGAGGACCCGCUCAUGUAUUAUUUGAACGCGGGUAUGCCGGCGGAGGGCAUCACGAUGGGUAUGCCAUUGUAUGGACGCUCGUUUGCGAACACCUCCGGACCUGGCAUGACUUACACCAACGCCACCGAUGGGUCGUGGGAGCCGGCUGUGUGGGAUUACAAGGCUAUGCCUCAAAACGGCUCCCAAGUCUACACCGACAACACCAUCGUCGCAUCCUGGUGCUACAACAAGGACACCCGCUACAUGGUGUCCUACGACACGCCCGAGAUUGCGGUGCAGAAGACGCACUACAUCGUCGGCAAGGGGUUGGGUGGAGCCAUGUGGUGGGAGACGUCGGGAGAUUUCAAGGUCGAUGAUCAGAGGAGUUUGAUCAGGACGGUGACGACGGAGUUGGGCAACUUUGGAGGGAUGGAGACGAGUAUGAAUGUGUUGGAUUACCCGCAGAGCAAGUAUCGGAAUUUGAGGGAGGGGAUGCCGGGGCAGUAG